AUGGAGGAGAUUUACGCUAAUGUGGAUUGUGCCAAACUUUCCUACCCAACACCUUCAACAAAUUACACAGACCGCAACUCCUUACGGGAUUCAGCAGCAGCAUUCUCUGCCAUCAGUAACAACCUUUCCUUCGUGACUGAGGAGAGAGACCUGCUCCAGGAAGUAUUUGUAAACCUCCUGCAAAUUCUCAGACUCCUUCCCUACCAGAGAGGUGAUGCUCCAGAGAAAACAUGUCCUUCAAGAUGGAGCAUGUUCAGCUGCAGCUGUUAUCUCCUCUCUGAAAGGUCUGGUUCCUGGGAUGAAGGUAGAAAGGACUGCAGAAACAGAGGAGCAGAUCUAGCGGUGAUAGAGAGCCCUGAAGAACAGAACUACCUCAUUACACUUACCCAGAACCCAACCUGGAUUGGUUUAAAUGACAAAGAAGAAGAAGGAAAGUGGAAGUGGAUAGACGGAACUCCUCUGACUCUAAAAUACUGGGAAAGUAAUCAACCUGAUAAUGGUGCUGGAGACCCACGGUGGGGUGAAGAGGACUGUGCUCAUAUCAGAACUCCUGCUAACACUUUUUUUGGCGAGUCCCCAAAUUUGACAGAUGGAGAAACCAUGACUAAAGAGCUGCAUGCGGCUCCGGAGCCGCAGAUUGCCGACCCCUGCCGUAACCCUAACUAA